CAGGGAAACUGAGAAGAAGUCGGAAGAGGGCGGAACAAGGAAGACGCCCGCGACGCGCGUGUGUGUGGAACCCGCAGUCGCUCACUCGGGUGUAACGUUCAGGUGCACCUCACCCUCUCAGAGGUGAAAACUCCUCAAGUCGCCAUUAUGGAUUAUGUAUAACCGACAGGUAGCUUCAUAAAUAUACAUUUAUUUAUUUAUAUACAUGUAAAACGAUAGAACAUGUGGAGGCAGCGGUGUAGCGUUGGAGAAAAGUGUCGACCUGGUUUCUGAUCACUUUCACCUUUUCUCUCUCUCUCUUGUUUUUUUCUGUUCAAACGUCACUUUUCUUAUCUGGUUAUGUUCCCUCCCUGUUGCGCUUAGCUUGGGGGCUCUAAUCUUUCUCUCCAUGAGCUAACCUAAUCUGUCGCGCCACGUACCAUUUUCCUCAUUCUCUCCAGCUAUCCUCCUUCUUCCCUUUUCCACUCCUGUCAUGUCUGUAUCCAUGAGGAACCCGCCCCAGCGUCGGCGAUCUCUGGGUCCUGUCUCGCCCAAACGCAUCUACAGAAACCUGUCCGUCAGACUGAGAGGUGGAGAGUCAUCUGUCGGCGGUGAUACGAACACACCCAGACACCUCAGCAAGUCUGCAGACACUUACAAGACCCUGUGGGAGGCUGUGGAACACGAGGACACUUUGGCGGUGCAAAGCCUGCUGUCCAGAGACCACACCAACUAUGGAGGGGGAGGAGGAGGAGGAGGAGGAGGGGGAGGAGGAGGAGGAAGCAUGUGGGAGAGAGGAGAGAAGAAAGAAAAGGACUGGGGGAGAGAGAGGGAGAUGGGGGUGAACAGGGUGAGCGAUCAGGGACUAGUCCCCUUGGACGUGGCCGCCCUUACCCAUAAUUCUCCUCUGCUCCAUGUGUUGACAAAGGCGGGGGCCAGACAUAAUCCUGUUUUGUGCCGACCAGCAGAGUGGGCACUUAAGCUGGAUGCUUUGGUGGCGCUGGCGGGAAAACGGGUGGAGGAGAGGAAGAAGGAGUUGUAUAGGAAGGCGGGGGCAGGGCCACAGGCCCAGGCUGAUGUCCACAGACAAAUCUGCCUUUGGAGCCUCAGGCUGCAACUGUACUGCCGGAUGAGAGAGAACUUCCAGAACACAGAGCUCCCUGGGCCCCCCAGUAAUGUGUCCAUACUGGUGACCAGCACAUCCUCUCUGUUCGUGGCAAUCAAAGAGCCAGAAGGUCAAAACAUGGGUCUCAUCACCCGCUACAGAGUGGAAUGGAGCACCUCAGCCAGCUUCAAACGCAUCCUUGGCUCAGCCCAAGUUACAGAGACCAAGAAUCCAUCCCACACUAUCAAGGGGCUCACAGCAGGAGUGCAUUACUUUGUGAGAGUAAGUGCCUUCAAUGUGAAAGGAUGGGGCCCGCCUCAGUGCUCCACUCCAGCCAGCGUUGCCCCCUCCAGUUGGAGAGAGUGCGCUGGUGUGAAGUCACAGUUCAGGAAUCAUGAAGCCCUUGUGAAGAAACUGCUGGAAGAUGCCAGAGAACCACAUUACAGAGGAUUCUGCAUAGAGAGCUCAAAGCCCCAGAGUCCCAGCAAGCGCCUGUCUGUGUCUCGAGGCAUCAAACAACUGUUCCAGUCCGCCACCAAGUUUGUUCGUCUCCUACAGAGGGGCGUGUACUUGGCUACUGUGUUCUACCACAAGGAGAACAUCCUGGUGACCGCUGAAGAUCAAAUCCCACUGGUGGAGAUUCAGUGCUGCUCCACCUCCAUCACCCAGGACUUUCUUUGGUUUGCUAAGUUGUCCUGUGCGUGGCAACAAGUGCCCUGGCUUCAGCAGGCCCUUUCCUCGGCUCAUUCGUCCGCCUCCUCCCUCCUUCAGAACAGGCACAACAUUUUAAGAGCUGUUUCCCAGCUGCAGUCUUCUCUUGGAACGGUGGACCUGGGCCAGGUGUACUAUGAGCCUCUGAAAGACCGACAGGGAAAUGUCUUACUAGUGACUCUGAAGGAGUUCCCAAACCCUCCCAGCCCUCCUGACCCUCCGCUUCACUGGAUGCCCCUCGCCCGCCUGGAAAAGAACCGCAGCAGGACUCCUCUGCUGCCAGAGCCCACUGCCAUGGACAUGCUGUAUGAGCAGCUCAAGGAGAAACUUUCCUUCCACAGACACAGCACUCAGUGGGCACAGCCGGGUCUGUACGUGGGCAUCCUGAAACUGUGCAGCUCAGUGGAACAGAUCCGGGUCCUGGUGCCACAGAGACUGCCCAAUCUGCUGUGCCACACGCGGGUCCGACACAAUGCCCAUGUUUCUAGAGAGGAGUGGGCGUGGCUUCAGAGUCAUGUUUACACCACAACCAAUGGCAGUGUUCAGAACCUGUUGAGUGGCGAGGACGAGAGCUUGAUGGAGAGCAGCGGCCUGGCGGAGUUCAUCAGGUCUCUGCGGGUUGCGGUCACACACCUCUUGACAAAGCUCAACAUCCCCCUCUACAGGGCUUAUCAGUAUGGUGUGUACACCCGUGAGCUGGUGCAGUUCGGAGACAAGCUGUCCAUGUUGCUGCUGCUGCCUCCCAGUGAGGACUUCAGCUCCAGCUACUGGCCUCUGGUGGGGACCAAGGAGCCUGGGCUCACCAUGCCCCUGCAGAUCUUUGAGCUGGUUCACUUCUGGACGUUUGAAAGGGACUUCCUGACCGAGUACUGCCAGGGCUGGGUGAGGCUGGAGCUGGACACUCAUCUGGCCCAGCAGGCUCUGCGGGAGGCGCUGGACACCAAGGAGGUGCAGGAGGCCCGAGAGCGUCUCAACCACAUCACUGCGCUUUCUCAUCGUCUGGACGUGGUGUGGAGGGACGCCCGCUGGAUUAUGGACUGUCUGCAGUGUGUUCGGUCCAAGCAGUGGGUGGGGGCCGUACCUCUGGGCCUGGUGAUGGGAGGAGACCCGCCGGCACGUCCUGAUGGUGAGGAGGAGGAGGAGAGCUUGACUGCCAGGCUGACGUGGCCGCAUCGGAUGCAAGCACAGAGACAAGCCAUUGCAGACUGUCCAGUCAGCGGGACGCCACCAAAUGUCGUCACCGCCGAGGUCUCGCCUCCAGCGGGGAUCAUGGAUGUCCCUAAAGAGGUGGAUGUGGGCGAGCUGGUGUUGAGUGAGGGCGUUGCAAAGGGAGGAUACCCUGUGGACAUCGCCGCCCAGUCGACCAUAGACUUGACAAGCGUUGGUCAGUCAGAAUCAGGAUGUCCAAGCGCUUUGAUCGAACCUGGACUAGAGCCUGCUGCUGACGCACAGCUGGAAAUGAGCUACGCAGCUCUGGACACACAGGAGUCUUACAGCGAGGAGCAGGACUUCCCUUCCAUUACUGAGGUCAUCCGGCCAAUGGAGAUGGCAGAGUUGGUGCACAUCUUGCCCACACUGAGUCUUAUCGAGGAGGAGGCCCCCAGCAGCCUGUCCACACAUUCAGUAAUGGAAAUGCUCGAGAGCUUUGGACUGGGGAUUAGUGAAAACAGCUUCUUCGACUUAGAGAAUUCAGACUUAACCAACGGGGCCGGCUGUCUGUCGCAGCCCAACCAGAGCUAUGCCAGCAGCAGCAGCAGCAGCAGCAUGAGAGAGACGCACUGUGAGAACACUGUUUUACAAGGACAGGACGUGUCUGCCUGUGACGCCUUAGCGAACGCCACGGGUGGCGACGGGCCUGUUUUGAGCCGGGAGUUUCCUCCGGAGGCUCAGCAGGUUCCCAGCAAGGGGGCGUGCUUUCUGGUGAGAAACCAGGUGGAGUGGGACAGACCCUCUAACAGUUCCUCCUGAUGUUGACUCAAUGUUCAUCCCACUUCAAACUUUU